GUAAAGUUGAAAGUAGUAAACAAAAGAAGGCGGCCAUGCCACAAGCUUAUCAUUUGAGAAACCUCAAAUCAUUUUCAAAUCCCAAUCACAUGCUGCUCUCAUGGCAAAGACCCCUCGCUAUUUAAAUCUCUCCAUCCCUCUUUCCCUCUCCACACAUAACUUCAAACAAAUUGCAUUUUAUUCCCCUUCUCCACUCCUCCUUGUCGCAUCUUAUACCAGCUUUCCACAUAGAUCAAGCUUUUUCCUUCAUUUUGUAAACCACUUUGCCCACCAUUAACUUUUUCAUCAUCAACCAUCUCUCCGAUCGAUCGACAUAGAUUGCAUAUAUACUGCAUAUAUGAUGCCUAACAGUACUUGUCGCGUUAACAUGUCACCAAUGGUCCAGGCUUCUGAUCACGACGACUUUUUUGCUCGUCGACGAAUAUGGGUCAACGGGCCGGUCAUAGUCGGGGCCGGCCCAUCCGGUUUAGCCGUUGCUGCUUGCCUUAAAAAACAAGGCGUGCCGUUCAUUAUUCUUGAACGAGCCAACUGCAUUGCCUCUCUGUGGCAAAACCGCACGUACCAUCGCCUCAAGCUUCAUCUCCCCAAACAAUUUUGUCAACUACCCAACUUUCCAUUCCCGGAGGAGUUCCCGGAAUAUCCCACAAAAUAUCAGUUUAUCGAAUACCUUGAAUCCUACGCUAAACACUUCCACAUAAGCCCAAAUUUCAAUGAAACAGUACAGUCUGCUAAGUAUGAACAAACUUUUGGUUUGUGGAGGGUCCAAACCACUAGAGAAAGCAGUUCAAACGAUCCUGGCGAUCAAGUUGAGUACAUUUGCCGGUGGCUCGUGGUGGCCACCGGUGAGAAUGCCGAGAAAGUGGUGCCAGAGUUUGAAGGCUUGAAAGAGUUUGGUGGCGACGUCAUGCAUGCUUGUGACUACAAAUCCGGCGAGAGUUAUGGUGGGAAGCGUGUAUUAGUUGUUGGUUGUGGGAAUUCAGGCAUGGAGGUCUCCCUUGAUCUUUGCAACUACAAUGCAGAACCGUCAAUGGUUGCUCGAGGGCCGCUUCAUGUAUUGCCAAGGGAAGUUCUUGGAAAAUCAACUUUUGAAGUAGCAGUUUCCUUAAUGAAAUGGCAGCUGCCACUUUGGCUUGUCGACAAGAUAUUGCUGAUUAUUGCGCGGUUGAUUCUUGGAAAUGUUGAAAAAUAUGGUCUGAGAAGGCCAUCGAUAGGUCCUUUACAGCUCAAGAACACCGCAGGAAAGACCCCUGUGCUGGACAUUGGUGCAUUACAGAAAAUUAGAUCUGGUGAGAUCAAGGUGGUCCGUGGAAUCAAAAGGUUCUACCCCGGCGGAGUUGAACUUCCUAAUGGAGAGCAUUUGAAGAUUGAUUCUGUUAUUCUGGCAACUGGGUAUCGCAGCAAUGUUCCUUCAUGGUUAAAGGAAAAUGAGUUCUUUUCCAAAGAUGGGAUUCCAAAAAAUCCGUUUCCAAAUGGGUGGAAAGGCAAGGCAGGGCUCUAUGCAGUUGGGUUCACAAGGAAAGGCCUCUCUGGUGCAUCUUUGGAUGCCAUUAGUGUAGCACAUGACAUUGCCAAGAGCUGGAAAGAAGAAACAAAGCAAAAAAGGAAAUCUAUUAAUGGGACUCUCCAUAGGAGAUGCAUUUCACAUUUCUGAAGGCUUGGACUAAUUACUAAUAACAGUGAUUUUUGGGCAGUUCUGUCUCUUUUUGGUUUGGAAACUGAUCUGUAGUACUGAGAUCCGUUUGUGUAGAGAAUAAUUUAGAACACAAGAGAAGGAACACAUGGCACAGAAAUGUCAGCCCU